AUGGCGAUUGGCCUGGCAGCUCUGGGGCUCCUCGCUUUCCUGCUCGGCUGCUACGGAACCUUUGCCGAACCCCAAAACUCGGAGUCAGCCGCCCAGUGCUCCCUGAGCGGCACCUGGAAGAAUGACCUGGGCUCCACCAUGGAGAUCAAAAGCGUCAGUGACACGGGGGUCUUCAGCGGCCUCUACAAAACGGCAGUCUCGGGCUCUGGAGAGACCGUCCCGGCAUCCCCGCUCGAGGGCAUCCAGCAUAAGGAGCCCCAUCCCACCUUUGGCUUCACCGUCAGCUGGAUAGUCACUGGAACCACCUCCAUCUUUGCGGGCCAGUGUCUGGUGGACGAGAACGGAAAGGAGCAGCUGAAGACAAUCUGGCUGCUUCGUGUGAACGUUACAUCCGCAGCAGACGAUUGGAAUGCGACCCUCGUUGGCACGAACAUCUUCUGGCGCCUCAAGUGA